UUAUGUAGUCAAAGAGCAGCAUUAUGAGCUGUAACCUGGGACUUCCUGGUCCUCUUACUUUUAUAAAUAGCAAGGCAGGGCAGAGGACAGUGAGCAGUCUGAAGGCCAAUUGGGUCUGCCCACAGGGAGGAUGAAGCCUUUUACUACUGCCUUCACCUUCUUCAUUCUUGCAGCUGCUCUUGGAUUCCAGGCCUGCAUCAUAAGUGCAUCAGACACAGAAGAGGUCCUGAAGGCAAAGCAAGGACUUGAAGAAGCUCUAGUGUUUCCCCGGGGCUUUGAAGAGCCUGUGGACUGCUGCUUCUCCUACAUCUCACGGAUCAAGUGUACAAAUUUUAUAUAUUAUUUCCCCACCAGUGGUACUUGUAUGGAGCCAGGAAUCAUCUUUGUCACCAAGAAGGGGAAAUGGGUCUGUGCCAACCCCAUGGAUCUGAAGGUUCAGAAGUGCAUAAAAAGCCUGACGCAAAACUCAUGACCACAGCCCUGCCAACAAUAACCUUACUUGUGAAGGAAGGCAUGUACUGCAGCUGCUUUCUUUAGUCUUCCUCAGUGACCACCUAGGAGGCUCUAAGCAUUUGUUUUUAUUAAUACACAAAACGUUUAUUUUUCUGUUCUGGUUUAAAACAACAUAGCUAGCUUUGUCACAGAGGGGGAACUUGUCUGUGCCAAACCAACCCCAGUGAUCUGAAAACUGAGAAGUGUGUGAAGGGCCCGAAGCUGACCUCAGUGACUACAAAUAACAUUUGAUAAAGAUAAGAGGGCAAGGGCUGGAGAGAUGGCUCAGCAGUUAAGAACACUGACAGCUCUUCCAGAGGACCUGGGUUCAAUUCCCACUCACAUGGCAGCACAAACUAUCUGUAGCUAUAAUUCCAGGGGAUCUGGUUCCCUAUUUGUCCUUUAAUAGUAUUUGCAGUUUGCUUAUGAAUUCAGCUUCUCCUGACUAGUGCCAUCUUGAGUCAGAACCAUCAUGUUUGCCUCAGAAUAACUCUUGGGUUUUCCAGCAUAGUUUCCCAGCAGAUUACAAGUGGAUGAACCUGUGGGGUUUGGGAAUGUGUCUGGUUCUGAUGUCAGCUUAAGGCAAGCCAGAGAAAUUCAACUAGGAUGAAAUCAAUCCUGCCUGAGCCCAUAUCUUCCCAUUGCCCCUAGAUCAGUAAACCCCCUAAUAAAGGUCAUCCAUGCAG